AUGUCGAGGCCUGUCCCUGCGGUGUUCCGCCCCAUCUGGCGGCGGAACUUCUCCGUCACCACUUCGAGACGAGCUAUCGAUAAAGUAUGCGACUCGGCCAAGGAAGCUGUCAAGGACAUGAAAGGCUCCUCCACCGUCCUGGUGGGAGGUUUCGGUUUCUCCGGUGUUCCCAACACCUUGAUUGACGCUGUGCGCGAUCGCCCCGACAUCAAGGACCUGACCGUCGUCUCCAACAAUGCAGGCAUGCCUGGUGCCGGUCUGGGCCAGCUGCUCGAGACCAAGCAGAUCAGUAAGAUGAUCGCUUCGUUUAUCGGUGAAAACAAGGUCUUUGAGAAGAUGUAUCUCAGUGGCGACCUCGCUUUGGAACUUACCCCUCAGGGCAGCAUUGCUGAAAAGUGUGCUGCCGGUGCAGCAGGUGUCCCUGCUUUCUACACUCCCGCGGCUUAUGGAACAAUUGUGCAAACUGGUGAACUCCCCGUACGAUACAACAAGGAUGGCUCUGUGGCUGAGAAGUCCAAGCCCAAGGAAACUCGUGAAUUCAACGGCAAGGGAUACCUCCUGGAAGAGGCUAUCUUCGGUGACUACGCUCUGGUUAAGGUCCACAAGGCAGACAAGCUAGGUAACUGUCAGUUCCGCAAGGCAAUGAACAACUUUAACGAGUCCAUGGCAAAGAACGCCAAGGUUACUCUCGUUGAGGCCGACCACAUUGUCGAUGUCGGCGAGAUUGCUCCCGAGGACAUUCACUUGCAGGGUAUCUACGUCAACAAGAUCAUCCAGAGUACCGGAACCAAGCAGAUUGAGAAGCUCACCUUCGCCAAGGACCCCAGUGAAAUGGUCCAGGGUGGUGGCCGUGAGCGUAUCAUCAAGCGUGCUGCUAAGGAAUUCAAGGAUGGAAUGUAUGUCAACCUCGGUAUCGGAAUGCCUUUGAUCGCUCCUUCUUUCCUUCCCGAAGGUGUUGAGGUUGUCCUCCAGGCCGAGAACGGUAUCUUGGGCUUGGGUGGCUACCCCCAGCCUGGUGAGGAGGACCCCGACCUGAUCAACCCCGGAAAGGAGACUGUUGCUCUUGGCCGUGGUGCUUCCGUGUUCGGAUCCCAGGAGAGUUUCGGUAUGAUUCGCGCUGGUCUUAUUGAUCUCACCAUGCUCGGUGCUCUGCAGGUCAGCCAGUACGGAGAUCUCGCCAACUUCAUGCUUCCCGGUAAAGUUAAGGGUAUUGGUGGCGCCAUGGACUUGGUUGCCAACCCCAGCAAGACUAAAGUCGUUGUGACCAUGGAACACACCGACAAGAAGGGCAACCCCAAGAUCCUGCCCGAGUGCACAUUCCCCCUCACCGGCCCCCGCUGUGUGUGGAAGAUCAUCACCGACCUGGCCGUGUUCGAAGUCAGCCCUACCGAGGGUCUGACUCUGGUUGAGCACGCCGAGGGCGUCUCGGUGGAGGAGAUCCGCAGCAAGACUGCUGCCCCUUUCAAGGUUGCUGACGACCUUAAGCCCAUGCUAACAACAUCACGAUACAAUGCCAGCUCUGGCAUCACAGAUCGGGGACUAGCCAGUCGUGCACAAACUGUGGAUAAGAAAAAGCUGCCAUUGGCUGGCGUCAAAGUGUUAGAUAUGAGUCGGGUUUUGGCUGGGCCAUACUGUACACAAAUAUUGGGUGAUUUGGGUGCGGAUAUUAUCAAAAUCGAACAUCCUGUUCGAGGCGAUGAUACACGAGCAUGGGGUCCGCCGUUUGCACCGUAUCAAGAUGGUAAAGAGGGGAAUGGUGAAAGUGCAUACUAUCUCUCUGUCAACCGGAAUAAACGCUCUUUAGGCCUCUCAUUCGCCCACCCAGAAGGAAUCGAGAUCCUCCACCAACUAGCCAAAGAAUGCGACGUGCUCGUGGAGAACUAUCUCCCUAACUCACUUAGAAAGUAUAACCUAGACUAUGAAACCAUGAGCGCGAUUAACGCCCGAUUAAUCUACACCAGCAUCACCGGCUACGGCCAGACAGGUCCAUACAGCAACAGGCCGGGAUUCGAUGUGAUGGUAUCGGCCGAGUUUGGGCUAAUGGGAUUGACAGGGCCACGGGGCGGAGAGCCGGUCAAGGUUGGAGUCGCAGUGACUGAUCUCACUACGGGGCUUUAUGCGUGUAAUUCCAUCAUGGCUGCUUUGCUGGCUCGGGCGACGACGGGGGAGGGCCAGCACCUUGAUGUCUGCUUGAGUGAUUGCCAGGUCGCCACGUUGUCGAAUAUGGGUACUUCGGCGUUGAUAAGUGGGAAGGGUGAUUCUGGGCGAUGGGGGACGGCGCAUCCCUCCGUCGUACCUUACCAAGGCUUCAAAACCGCCGACGGCGACAUCUUCAUCGGAGGCGCCAACGACCGCCUCUUCGGAAUCCUUUGCGACAUGCUUGACAAACCCGAAUGGAAAACAGAUGCCAAAUUUGCUAGUAACAACGAUCGAGUAAAGAAUCGAAACGAACUCGAGCCUCUUAUCGAGGCUGAGACGCGCAAGCGGACCACCAGGGAAUGGCAGGACCAUUUCGAGGGAUGUGGAAUGCCUUAUGCUGCCGUCAAUGAUCUGCAGGGGACGAUGAAUCAUGAGCAUGUACAAGCACGCGGUAUGGUUCAAACAAUCGAGCAUCCGACCUGUGGUCCUAUGCCAGCGAUCAGUCCCCCGGUGAAGUAUUCCAAUGCAGAACCAAGUGUUCGAAGACCCCCUCCUCUUCUCGGUGAGCAUACGGAGGAGGUCCUGCGCGAUUUGACCGGGAUGAGUGAUGAAAGGAUCCAAAGUUUGAGAGAAAAGGGUGUCAUUGCAUAA